CCCAGGUAGCGUCUUCAAGGAGGCGGGACCUGGGAGGGGGUGAGUGGGAGGGUCAGCUGGUUGAAAUGGACCUUGUCCCUGCUCUGAGCACUGGGCGACUGGUCCAACCAUGAAGGCAGCUGCAGGUAUGCGGCCGCGAGGAGUCCUCCGGAGGGGGGCUUGGGGACAGUCUGGGGGCAGAGACGGAGGCUGAGUUUUGGGACCCGGGCACCCUUGAUGUUGGGGCUUGAAGCCCUAGGGCAAAGAGAAGUUAGGAGAAAAGAAAGGAGCUGACACAGCUGUCUUCCUGGUCCACACCCUGUACUGAUAUGCUCAGAUUUAUGUUCCCAGGAUUUGGGGGUGGUGGUGGGGAGGCGGAGCCACAGUGCCCUUGUGGGUAUGACAUCAGGGAGAAGGAAAACCCUUCCGUAUUGAAAUGGAGGGGCGAGUCCUGAGUUUGGGGCUUCCCCUACUUCCUUUCAGUUCCUGACCACAGAAGGGACGUCUGGGGGGUGGGGUGGGAAUGCGCCUCUCUCACCCACUUCCUCGCCCCACAGAUCUUCAGGACACAGCAGCCCUGAAGUUUAAGUUUAAUCCAAAGCUGGGCAUUGAUAAUCCUGUCCUCUCCCUGACUGAAGACCGAGACCCCUCUGAUCCCUGGAGCCUGGAACGGCCUCGCUUCUGCCUGCUGAGCAGAGAGGAGGGCGGGAGUUUUGGCUUCCACCUGCAGCAGGAGCCGGACAGGGCUGGGCAUGUGGUGUGCAGGGUGGACCCAGGCAGCUCUGCCCAGCGCCAGGGUCUCCAGGAAGGGGACCGGAUUCUGGCGGUGAACAGUGACGUCGUGGAACAUGACGACUAUGCGAAGGUGGUGCGCUGCAUCCGGGCCAGCGGCCCUCGGGUGCUGCUGACGGUCGUGGCGCGACACGUGCAUGAUGUGGCCCGAGCUCAGCACGGGGACAAUGCCCACCUCUGUCCUGCCCUGGGCCCCCGGGUCCGGCCACGGCUGUGCCACGUAGUGAAAGAUGAGGGUGGCUUUGGCUUCAGUGUCACCCAUGGCCAUCGGGGCCCUUUCUGGCUGGUGCUAUGUGCUGGAGGAGCGGCGGAGCGCGCAGGGGUGCCCCCUGGGGCCCGGCUGCUGGAAGUGGACGGGAUCAGUGUGGAGAAGUUCACUCACAGCCAACUCAGCAGGAAGCUUUGGCAGAGUGGAGAGCAAGUGACCCUGCUGGUGGCAGGGCCAGAGGUGGAGGAGCAGUGUCGCCAGCUGGGAAUGCCCCUGGCUGCACCCCUGGCAGAGGGCUGGGCACUGCCCACCAGGCCUCGCUGUCUGCAGCUGGAGAAAGGGCCUCAGGGCUUCGGGUUCCUGCUCCGGGAGGAGAGGGGCCCUGACGGUCGCCUUGGGCAGUUCCUGUGGGAGGUGGACCCUGGACUGCCUGCCGAGAAGGCCGGGAUGCAGGCUGGGGACCGGCUGGUGGCUGUGGCUGGGGAGAGCGUGGAGGGGCUGGGCCAUGAGGAGACAGUGUCCAGGAUCCAGGCGCAGGGCACUUGUGUCUCUCUCGUCGUUGUCGACCCUGAGGCUGAUUGCUUCUUCAGAAUGGUGCGCCUGUCCCCACUCCUCUUCUUGGAGCACACAGAGGCCAUCGCCGCCACCGAGGACACCCACGUGGCUGCUCUGGUUGAGUCCGAGGAUGUGUGCCUUGAAGAUGCCGCCGAGCCUGCACUCCCUCCUGGCUCCUGCCGGUGCCUCCUGUACCCUGGGCCCGGCGGUGGCUAUGGCUUCCGACUCAGUUUUGUGGCCAGUGGGCCUUUUCUCUUUAUCUCCCAGGUGACUCCAGGAGGCUCUGCUGCCCGCGCAGGGCUGCAAAGGGGAGACAUGGUUCUGGAGGUGAACGGGUUCUCCGUGGGCGGAGACGGCACCCCGCAAAGGCUUCAACAGCUGGCGGAGGCAGAGCCACCCCUCUGCCUGAAGCUGGCAGCCAGGUCUCCGUGGGGCUCGGAGCCCUGGAAUCCCCCCGGGUCUGGAGAGGACUGGGCUUUCCCCUCGGAUGUGCUGUAGAGCGCCCCAGCUUGGCGAGAUCUCCCAGGGCCUCUCGUGUCUUCACAGCCGGCCCGAGGUGGUGGCAGGGAUGCUGUCACUCAGCCGGAAGCUGGGGCUGGAGGACUCAGACACCGCCCACCGCAGCACUGCCCGGGAGCCCCCUCCCUUGCCGUGGCCCAGCUGUCAGCAGAAGGGCUGGGGCAGUGGCCUCGGGGGCCUCAGGUGCCGGGGGAUGUCCCUCGGCAGCUGUAGAUGGCUGCACCCUGAGGACUAAGUUCUGCCUGAGAGGGGGGUGCUGUGGGGCUGGCGGGGCUGGAAGCCCUCUGGGACUUGACCUAGGUGCGACUCUGGGACUCUCUGGGUCUAAGAAUUGGGAGACCCAGCAACCCCCUCCCUCAGUGGGCACCUUCGGGCUGUGGGGGGUGGCUCCUGGACGCUGUGUGUCUGUUAUUUAA